AUGGCAAUUGCUGUAACCAGUAGCACGACGGGGAGCCCCGGCCGGGACUUAGCUUUUACCCUGGAAGAGAGACAGCAAUUGAACAUUCAUGGAUUGUUGCCACCUUGCUUCAUCGAUCAGGAGAUCCAGGUCCUUCGAGUAAUGAAAAACUUUGACCGUCUGAGUUCUGAUUUUGACAGAUAUCUUCUCUUAAUGGAUCUUCAAGAUAGAAACGAAAAGCUCUUUUACAAAGUGCUGAUGUCCGACAUUGAGAAGUUCAUGCCAAUUGUUUACACUCCAACUGUUGGUCUGGCUUGCCAACAAUAUAGUUUAGCGUUUCGGAAACCAAGAGGUCUCUUCAUUAGUAUCCAUGAUAAAGGGCACAUUCGUUCAAUUCUGAAUGCAUGGCCAGAAGAUGUCAUCAAGGCUAUUGUGGUGACUGAUGGAGAGCGGAUUCUCGGCUUGGGAGACCUGGGCUGUAAUGGGAUGGGCAUCCCUGUGGGUAAACUGGCUCUGUAUACAGCUUGUGGAGGGAUGAACCCUCAAGAGUGUCUACCGAUUACACUGGAUGUGGGAACAGAAAAUGAGGAGUUACUUAAGGAUCCGUUGUACAUUGGACUACGGCAGAGGAGAGUGAGAGGUCGUGAAUAUGAUGAUUUUUUGGAUGAAUUCAUGGAGGCUGUUUCUUCCAAAUAUGGCAUGAACUGCCUUAUUCAGUUUGAAGAUUUUGCAAAUAUGAAUGCAUUUCGUCUCUUGAAGAAGUAUCGAAACCAAUAUUGUACAUUCAAUGAUGAUAUUCAAGGAACAGCAUCUGUUGCAGUUGCGGGUCUCCUUGCAGCUCUCCGAAUAACCAAGAACAAAUUGUCUGAUCAAACAAUACUGUUCCAAGGAGCAGGAGAGGCCGCCUUGGGAAUUGCACACCUGAUUGUUAUGGCCAUGGAAAAAGAAGGUUUAUCGAGAGAGAAAGCCACCAAAAAGAUAUGGUUGGUUGACUCAAAAGGAUUAAUAGUUAAGGGACGUGCUUCAAUAACACAAGAGAAAGAAGAAUAUGCCCAAGAGCAUGAAGAAAUGAAGAACCUAGAAGCCAUUGUUCAAAAACUAAAACCAACUGCUCUCAUAGGAGUGGCUGCAAUCGGUGGUGCAUUCACAGAGCAGAUUCUCAAAGAUAUGGCUGCUUUUAAUGAGCGGCCUAUUAUUUUUGCUUUGAGUAAUCCAACUAGCAAAGCUGAAUGCUCUGCAGAGCAGUGCUAUAAACUAACUCAGGGCCGUGCAGUGUUUGCCAGUGGCAGCCCUUUUGAUCCAGUCACUCUUCCAAAUGGACGGACCUUGUAUCCUGGCCAAGGCAACAAUUCGUAUGUGUUCCCUGGAGUUGCUCUUGGUGUUGUCGCUUGUGGACUGAGGCACAUCACGGAUAAGAUCUUUCUCACAACGGCGGAGGUUAUAGCUCAGCAAGUGUCAGAAAAACACUUGGAAGAGGGCCGGCUUUAUCCUCCUUUGAACACCAUUAGGGAGGUUUCUCUGAAAAUUGCAGAAAAGAUUGUGAGAGAUGCAUACGAGGAAAAGACAGCCACAGUUUAUCCUGAACCCCCAAACAAGAAAGCAUUUGUCUGCUCUCAAAUGUACAAUACUAAUUAUGACCAGAUUCUACCUGAUUGCUAUUCCUGGCCUAAAGAGGCUCAGAAAAUACAGACCAAAGUUGACCAGUAAUCACUGACAUUUCUAACUCCAUAAUGGAGAUCUUGAAAACUUUCACAAUUUUCAAAAGUUCGAUUCUUUUAUAAUGAUUCAUAAAAUGCUUUACAUUAAGGGAACUACCUUAACAAUUUAAUAAUUUAUAGAUGAAUCUGAAUGUAAAUUAGAAUAAACAUUACACAACACAA